CCUGUUUUAAUACUCCAGUGUCCCUGCCAUGGCCAGAACUGGCGAUGAAUGCCAAUUGUACGUAUCCUGAUUGAUACCCAACUGAACAGAGGAAGUAGGUACUCGGUUGGGAUCCGUAAUGCUUUUAUCACUUGAUUCAGCAUCAUCGGAUCGUCGGAUUUUCGAGCUCAUCAUCCUCUCAGUCCACUGUUGAUAUAAGGAACUUGCCUCUCGAAUAGUGGCAUCCCCGAGGAAGUGGACGCUUGACCGCGAGAGGGAGCACUUUCUGGCCAAACCUCAAGGCCCACUAGGUCAUUGCUCCCAUGAUACAGUGAGAGGUGAAAUCGGUGAAAGAGGUUUCAGGGGAGGUGAUGAGGACGGUAAAGCAGCGUUCUAUCGCGCCUCUUAGCGGCUGCUUCAGAUGUAUACAGUUCCAUCCGGACUGUAAACCCGCCAAUAGCUUCGGCGUUCGCAACAAAUGACUUCGGAGUUGGCCCCUCCAUCAACUCCAUGUUUGCGCGUCUAAUUUGGCUGGUGCUCAGUCUCAACCGCUGGGAUUAUGCCUACACACUCAAAGGCUUGUCGACGUUGUUGAUUGAUUCCUUGGCCUUCUGUUUUUGUUUUUGGAUGGCCGGCAUGGUCGGAACUUGCCUUGCGCCAUCUGGCCAUGUUAAGAAGCCCCAUCCGGGAGACGGAGGAACGACUGACGAGUCCCGGGUGAGCCGCUUUGGCCCGCUUGGCAUAAGGCCGCUCUGCCCUGUGACCUCACCCCUGCGGCCCUGUCACCGUUCCGCUUGUCGAAUCCGGGCCCGACCCUCCGAUCCACUCGACCCGAAGAGCGACCAAGACCGGAUUGCGGCUCCGGACGACGAAUGCUAACGAGGAUUUGCAGCGGGAAGCGUUUCGGUAAGAAUCCGUACUGUGUCAUAGGGCUGUGUACAUAAUACCUACAUGACGACGGAUUGGCCUGCUGCUGUGUUAUUGAUUGCGGCCGCUUGGUAGGUAAAGGAGAGUGUAGCUCGAUGAUACUCUGCUGUUCAGCGAGAUGCUGCUGCUCUGUGAAUU